AUUUUCUGUAAAUUUCAUUUGAAGAAGAAGAAGAAGAAGCCAAGCCACAAUCUGUCAAAAAAAAAUAUUGGAAAACGUUUUCCGGGAAUUUUUUACCAAAAAAAGGCGUCAGGGCCUCGUGAAAAGGGUGUGCUGCAGUCAUGGCUGGUGGCGGAACGACGACGAAGGUGGUGCAAAUCACCAAUAUUGCCCCCCAAGCGACCAAGGACCAAAUGCAGAAUCUCUUUGGAAGCAUCGGGAAGAUUGACGAUUUGCGCCUGUAUCCCACAAUCCGGGAUGUCUCCUGCCCCGUAGUGUCGAGAAUUUGCUACGUGAAGUACCAGGAGAGCAGCAGUGUGGCGGUAGCGCAACAUAUGACCAACACUGUCUUCAUCGAUCGCGCUCUCAUUGUAAUUCCAGUGUACUCGGGCUUAAUUCCGGAUGAGUACAAGGCCCUGGAGAUGUCCAGCAAUGGCACUUUGGUGCCUGGUUUGCAGUCGGCUGGAUCCAAAUUGCCCCCAGAAUUGGUCAAUCGCAUCGAUGGGGUGCCCCCGAGUCAAGUAAUAAUGACGACAGAUCCAAAGUUGGAGCUCAACAAAUUGCCGCUCUACCCACCACUUCCGGUGAAUUUUGAUGCACGCAAGAUCGAAGAAACUCGUCGUACCAUCAUGGUAAUCGAUAUCAGCAUGGAUUGGACAAUUGAGGAGCUCAUGGAGUUCUUCAGCAGCGCUGGAGAAGUAAAGUACGGACGUAUUGCAGAAGUUGAGUACACCCGGCAUGCGAUGAUUGAGUUCACGGAACAAAAAUCCAUUAUUGAGGCAUUCAAGCUGCAUGGGACAGAGUACAAGGGCCACCCAUUGAGUGUCUAUCACUCCACGCAGCCCAUAACGAAACCGGAAACUAAGAGCAAUGAAGCAGCUCAGAAGGAGAUCGAGGAAGCCAUGUGCAUCGUCAAAGAGGCACAAAACAUGAUAUCGGCUGCUAUUGAUCCGGUUAUUGGGAUGCUGUCCAAGGACAAGAGUGCCCCCAGCCGUUCGAGAAGAUCUCGAUCACGUUCUCGUGAGCAUCGCCACUCACGCAGCCGCUCGAGAAAGCGCUCUUCAUCCCGUAAGCGAUCAUCUUCGAGGAAGCGUUCCAAGUCCAGAAGACGAAGUCGGUCACGAUCUCGAUCCCGUUCUCGCUCCAGGACACGCUCAAAACGUUCACGACGUCGUUCCCGAAGCAAGUCCAAGCGCUCCUCGUCUCGUUCGCGAAAGCGUUCUCGUUCUCGAUCGAAGAAGUCACCAUCUCGCUCCUCGAGGCGAUCCCGCUCUCGCGAUCGUCGCCGCAAGUCCAGAUCACGCCAUCGCAGCCGUUCUCGCUCCCAUCGUCACUCAUCACGCGAUCGGAAGACAUCCUCGAGAUCCCACAGGCGUGAGGAGCGCAAUCGACGCAGCCGUAGUCGCAGUCGAUCCAAGAGAAAAGAAUCCAGUCGUUCUUCGAGACGCCACCACACUCCGGAAGUCUCCACGAAACGUUCCAAGGAUGAGAAGAUUCAGCGGGACUACGAUGAUGAGGAGAAAAUUGGGCUGGAUGAGGCGGCAGCCCCACCUCUGCCGCCCCCCAUGGAGGAAAAGCGCGAACCCAUACCUCCUCACACGCCAUCGCCCGAGAAAUCAGAUAACAUGGAUAUUUCUCCUUGAAUUGCUUAUAUUUCUUAAAUUCUGUAGAUUGCAAGAGAUUAAAAUAAAGGCAUAAUCUGCAAAAAAAAAA